UGUCAAAGCAGAGGAAGUAAAACAGCCUGUCAAAGCAGAGGAAGUAAAACAGCCUGUCAAAGUAGAUGAAGUAAAACAGCCUGUCAAAGCAGAGGAAGUAAAACAGCCUGUCAAAGCAGAGGAAGUAAAACAGCCUGUCAAAGCCGAGGAAGUAAAACAGCCUGUCAAAGUUGAAGACGUAAAACAUGCUGAUGAAGAUAAAAGAAACCAGAAUGAGGAAUUAGACAGGAAAAAUUAUAAAUUUUCUUCAAUAACCAACGAUAAAGACCUGAAGAUACAUGCUGAACUCGACGAAGCUGAUGAAUUGUUUGAAAAGGUAAAAGUUUCUUUAGGAAGUAGUUUCUUUAAUACCUGGUUGAUAUUAGGCAUACAGAAAAUUGUAAUUUUUAUACACCUUUAAGGGUUUGAAUUAGUCUAGUGUUGUCACUAGCAAUUUGUUUGAAUAGCCAGGGGUGGAAUGGACUCUAUAGAUGCACAAGUAUGAUGCUGCUAAUCUGGGGAAGUAGGUAAUCAAAACUCCCAAUCUCUGAAGUUUAAAGAAAGCAGUCAACUUGGUGUUGUAUUAAGAACAGGUAGACCUGGUACCCGGUACCAAUGGCUGUAUUCUUAACGUUUAAAUCAUGGCUGCCUGAAUAAAAUAAAGUUUUCACAGCAACUACAAGGUUAAUUUUGGCCCGAAAAGAAAUUAAAUGAUGAGCCGAAUUAUUGAUUGGAUUGUCUUAUAGAGUUCCGAUCUAAUAGAUAAAAAAAGUUUUUAAUUUGUAACAGCUCAAAAAGUUUGAUUUAUUGACGAUGUUUGGAAUUUGAAGCAAUUUAAAUCUUUAAAAAGCAGAGUUUUGAUUUAAUGAUUGCAUUCUGAAGAUUUUUUCAUUUACUGUUUCCUAAAUUGAUUCAAAAUGUCUUGUCAUUACAUGCAAAUUAUCAGGAUAAUUUAUUGCAUUACAAAUUUUGUAGUGAAAUUUGUAUAAUCUUAUCUGUUAAAAAAAAAUGAAAAGAAGGCUGUCUGGCUUGGGUUAUUUCAAAGUACAUGGUUACAAUCAAGUCAAGAGCAAAUGGCAAUCAUUCCCCCUGGACUAUACUAAAGUAACAAAACUAAAAAAAACAAGAAUUCAUUAGAUCCUUCCCAACCCCUCAAAUGAAAAAAAUUGUUACAUCCAUUUUUCAAAUCAGGAAAAUUACGAGGCAGCCGUUGCUAAAUAUGAUCAGAUUCUGAUCAAGGAGCCUCUCAGUGCACGAGGUCACUACGGCAAGGGCCUGACCCUGGACAGACUUGGCUUUAAGUACAUGAGCAAUGACUACCUGGAGAAGGCGAUUGAUUUCAUCGCCCGUGUGCUGGACCUGCCUGAUGUCCCCGAUGACCUGUACAAAUUGGCGGCCCGUAAACUUGCAGACAGGCAGCAGUUCAGAGGUAGGGUACACUGGUCCGCAUUCUGACAACUUGAUCUAUAUCAGUAAUGACACUGAUUACUAAAUGCUUAUUUAAAACAUUUUAAAGCAGAGGUCUUUAACCUUUUUUUUUGGCAGUGCCACACCCAUCUUGAUUUUAAAAAAAUAAACUCCAGCACCCCCAUCUCAAAUUCAAAUAAAUAUUUCCCGGCAACCAGAAACCUUGGAGUCACGCUUACGGACACCCUCUCCAUGGACAAACAUGUCACGAAUAUAUGCAGAUCAGCAUAUAACGAAAUUAGAAAAAUCAGCACCAUUAGACACCUCCUCUCCUUUGAUGCCACAAAAACUCUCGUCUCUUCACUCAUUCUUUCAAAAUUUGACUACUGUAACAUUCUUCUCUCAGGCAUUCCUCAACACCACAUAGAAAAACUUCAGAAGGCACAGAACUCAGCAUGCAGACUCAUUUUUAAAUUAAAGAAACAUGACCACAUUCAACCACACAUGCGGCAACUCCACUGGCUUCCAAUAUCCUCUCGCAUCAAAUACAAGUCUGCCAAUCUUUGCUUCAACUCGUUCACUGACCCUCACUUUCCUGUCUAUCUCUCUGAACUGUUGCUUCCUUACAUCCCCACAAGACAACUACGUUCUUCCAUUGACAGUAGAACCCUCUCAAUCCCAAGAACUAAAACUAAGACCAUCGGUGAACGCUCCUUCUGCUUCCAUGGGCCCACGUUCUGGAACCAGCUCCCCUUCCAUAUACGUCAUAGUGAAACCUCGUCCAUUUUCAAAAAGUCCCUUAAAACUCAUCUGUUUAGGUCCGCCUAUGACCUGUGAUGCACCCUCCUUGCCCUACCUAAUUUUCUGUUUCGGUUUAAUCCUGAAGUGUCAAAGUGUCCUCUUUUUAUAGCCAUUUUCAUUGUUUCUAUAGAAUAGUAGUUACUAUCCUAGUGUCUCAUUUGUAUUUACUUAGUUUACAUGUUUUAAUAAUUGUAAAGCGCUUAGAGCUUUAUGAUAAGCGCUAUAUAAAAAUGCCUAAAUAAAUAAAUAAAUAAAUAAAUACAAGAUGUCUAGAUAUGAUUUUCUGUUAGUUUAUACAAGCAGUGCAUAGCUGAACCUGAUAAUGUUUGUCUUUAUUCUUGUGUCUUUUUAACAAACAAUUUUCACGUCAUUUUCAUGGGCAACAAUUCAGCAGCUGUUAUAAAAAAAAUAUCAGAGACACUGGUUUCCUAUUAACAUUAACAGUAGUGCUUCUCAGCCCUAGUAUAUCACAGCCCUUGUACUUCCAAGAAUGAUUACAUCAGUUAAAUAUAUUUGACAUAGUUAAUAGACAGGUUUGUGAGAAGAGUGGAGGAGAAAAUAUCAACAAGUGAUGUGGAAGAUAGAAAUAGAGAAGACGGGGCAAUAAAAAGAAGAACGUUUCGGCUAAUAGUCUUCCUCUGCAGACAGGACAGAUAAAGGAACAGCAAGAAACAGAAAAUAACUUGAAAACUUAAGUGUUCGCCAUUAAUGUCAUUGCCAGAAGUUGUAGUCAGGGCAACAUUGUGUUUUUUGUUUGUUUGUCACCUACAUGUUAUGGAGCUUAUUGGCAAUCACCCACUAGUUCUUGACUUUUGUAGCAAUCACCCAAAUGUUAUAGUUUGUCAUUUUAUCAUUAGUCUAUUGAUAGAAUUGAAAAAACUACUGACAUGCUUUUGUAUUUUUUCCAGGGUGGGGUGGACAGUCUGUGAAAACGUACAAGGCCUUGAGUAAAAAGUUUCCUGAUGAUUUAGCUAUCAAGAAUGAGUUUGGUGUGAGCUACAUGAUGAUUGGUCAGAAUGACAGAGCCAGGGACAUAUUCAAAGAAGUAGGCACCACUGUCAUUUAUUGUGAAAUCCUCCGCCUUUCUGACAGUUGACCGAAAAAACGCGAUCUUUUAAUCAUAUUAUGAUGAUCUAAUAUUUUAAUAUUUUUUUGUUUCAUUCAGAAAAUAUACUUUACACAAUACAGUAAUAUGUUGAAUAGAUGUUUAGGUUGAAAACAUCAAGCUUCGGGAGGUGUGUGGUCAGAAAACAAAAAAGAAGGAAAUCUUGGAAAGAAAAUGAAGAUGGAUAAGAACAUCCACAGGAAAGGCAUCAACAACAGAUCUAAACAGCCCCUAGAUUGGAACCCCCAUGGCAAAUGAUGCAGUGGAAGACCCAAUAGAACACGGAGGCCCGGUGAUAGGGCUGAGAGAACAUGAGAGAAAGAGCUGGGAAGAACUAAAAAUUCUGCUAAGAGAGAGUGAAAAAGGAUCAUCUAGUAACUCCUAAGAAAAAUGAUGAUGAUGAUGUUGAAUAGAUGAUCAAAACUUGUGUGAAUCCUCAAAUGUUUUUUUUGUGUGUUUUUUUUAAUGCUGAAACCUACAACAAUUUUUUUGAUAUUGAAGCCUGUGCACUUAAAAAAAAAUGUUGAUUGCUUAUGCAUGUAUCCAAAGUUAAUUAUAUCUUGAGUGCACAUACAUUUUUACAAAGUUAAAUCUGUUUUAUCCUGAUCACUUUUAAAAACUCUAUCCACAGGUCCUUGACAAAGAUCCAGACAAUGGGUUUGCCAAAGUUCACCUGGGUUUCAUUUUCAAAACUAAAGACAACAACCUCGAGCUGGCGGUCAAGUACCUGAAGGAAGGCAUAGAUUCCAAAGAGCCUGGCACAUCCGAUGGCAGGUUUUACCUGCAUCUGGGAGACUCACUGCAAAGGCUUGGUCAGGAGAGUGAGGUGAGUUUUCGCAUUGGUUCCACAAGUCGGUCAGAGUUGACUCCCUUGGCUGUAAUCAAAUCAAAUAAGCACUCCUAAAGUCAAUAUUGUCGUAAAGGAAGUGUGAUUUGACUAUAUUUGAGUCUGAUUUUUUUUAUUGUGUGCGUGCUUGAGAAGUACAUGAGACUUCUUAAGUUUAAAUAGUUUUGAGAUUAAAAUUUAUUAUCUCAAUAAGAAUGUUUAUCCUUAAGCUGAAAAUGAAUAUGUACAAUGUAAUCAAAACAUGUUUCCAUUUAUUUGGAUUAAAAAAAAAAAAGAAGAAUCUUAUCAUAUCUUUGAUAUAAGAAUAUAAAAAGCUAUUUACCAAAAGGGAUGAAAUGACCACCCAUCCAUCCCUGUGCCGCUACAGCCCAUGUAGGGCUUUGGCCUGCCUCACCAAUUUAUUCCACUCAGACCUAACUGAUGCUUUUCUUUUCCACUCUUGGAUUCCUAGCUUAUGCAUAUCUUUUUCCACAUCAUCCAUCCAUCUAAGCCCGAGGUCUGCCUUUGAGCUGUUUUCCUCUGGGGUUUCGGUGGUGCACCCUUCACUCCUCUGUCAUUUGGCAUUCUUUCUAACUGUCCUGCUCAGUGUAGCCUGCCCAUUUUUAUUUCUGCCACCAGCGUGAGAUCCUGAUGAUAUAGAAUAUACAAUUCCUGGAGGUUUUUUUCGUAUUCUCCAUCCAUAUAUUUUCCGGAAAACUUUUCUCUCCCAUGACUUAACUAUCAAACUUUAUUUACAUUUUCCCAUCAGGCACGCCGCUACUUUGAGGAGGGUGAAAAAAAAGGUCUGUUUCUGUCUGCCUGGCAACGAUCACUUUACAACGUUGAUGGUUUGACCGGGCGGCCAUGGUGGACAGCGGAACAAACUGGCUAUCAAGAAUAUCUCACGGUACAUUAAAUCCUCUCUUUGUGUCUUGUCAGACCAAGGAAAUUUUUUUUUUUUUUACGAUGGAGAAGCUUCCCAUUUCAAAUUGUGGGCUGACCACUGAAGCAAAUGUUAAAUUGUCUUAAAUUGCAAAGUGUGUGUUCACAUAAACUUAUGGGCUAGGGGAAAUAGGGUAUAGGGUUUCUGACCCAAUGAAAGUUCUUCAAUUAGGAAUUUUUAUAGGAUCAUCUCAUUUUGCGUGAGGGUUAAUCCUUGUAAAAAUGUGACUGUCAUUGACAUAUGUUUCUCUGUGUUUAUCUGUCUGGUCUCCAGAAUGAAUCAUUGUACAAAGUCAUCAGUUAUAAAUAAACAUCUGUUAAAUAACUUCCACAGCUGCUGAAAAACAAUUGGAAAACCAUCAGGGAUGAGGGUAUAGCCCAGCUUGACUCCAAGACGGGAUCUUUCUUACCAGAAGAGGAAAAUCUUCGAGAAACUGGUGAUUGGAAGCAGUUCACUCUGUAUCAACAAGGUACAUGGUUUGUUGCCAUUGAUUGUGUCUUGAAGUAUGAAGGUGUUGGUAGUUUUGUCAUAAUGUCUCUGUUAGUGCAGACAUGGGCCUCUUUGGGGUGCCUUUCCAGGUAGCUUGAGACAUGGAUUGAGACUCUUGGAGUCUGUUUUCUGCUUCUGUUGCCCUAAACUUAGUUUCGAAGACAGACUUAAAAAAGUAAAGUCAUUAAAAUGGUUCAUUUUCCUAUUUUGCAUAGGUCGCAAAAAUCCUGAUAAUUGUGCCAAAGCGCCCAAGACGUGUGCACUGAUUGACCAGAUACCAGCUGCACAUGGAUGCAAGCGGGGACAGGUUUGAUUUUGUUGUUGUCAAAAUCAUUAUUGUUUUGUUAAUUUAGAUCGGUGGGUCUCAACCAUAUUGCUGCACAGCCCCGGGGGUGUGGGACGUCCCAGAAAAUCAGUUUUAUUUGCAUUUUAUUAACAUUUUUAUCAUAGGAGUGCUUGAAAAAUGUUUUGAUCAUUCAAAUCGAUAUUUGGGUUCGAGAGAUUUUUUGAAAUCAAGAGGAGGUGCAAAAGGGUUAAGAACCUUGGUUUAGUUGAAAAUAAAACUCCAUUUUUUUCAUUGAGUAAAUCAAAUUUUAACUUUUAUUUAGGUUACAAAACACAAAAUUUGGAAAAAACAUUUAAUUUCAGAUUGGUUUUAUUCAUAAGACAACAUGAGUUGUCAUUCUGAGAAAUAAAUAUUUAAAAAUAACAAAUAUUGGUGUAAAUUUAUAUGAAUGUUAAUUUUCCUUUUAUGGUUUAAUCUUUUUUUAAAGAAUAUUUUAGAUAUUAAAAAUCACAUGUAGAUAUUACAUUCAGAUUCAAAUAUUUAGUUAUAAAAUUGUGUGAAAAAAUUAUGAGAAUUUGACAAUGUCCUUGUCCUUCAAUAAAAGUUUGUUUUUUUAAAAAGAGAAAGUUAUUGAGUAAAUAAAAGUUCUAGUUGUACCCUGUUAUCGCUCUGUGUGGCAUAUAAAUAAGGUACAGGACAAGUAUGCUGGCAGUUCGGAGUUCAUAUCUCGGCAACAUAAAAUGUCUGAACGCCCCCCCCCCUUUUUUUUUCUCUAUCUAUGGAUGUUAACAUGUUAACAAAAGUAAAAAUCAAAUGUGUUGGGUCAUCUUGUGGCACAUAGAUAGCACCAAGAUGUACUGUAAUAUCCCUCCCCAAAAAACUGCCCAGAAACUGAAAAAAUCGGAACAAGAAAACAAAAACAAUUCACCUUUCAAAUACAAUGUGCAAACCAACAAUGGCUUGUGCUUUUAAAAUGUAUAAGUACAGGAAGUGUUGACUAACCAUCCACUAUUUUUUUUUUUAAAGGUCAAGUUUUCUGUAAUGAGUCCUGGCAUCCAUGUGUGGCCUCACGUUGGUCCAACUAACUGCCGAAUCAGAGCUCACCUUGGUCUGGUGGUACCUGAAGGUCCAGUUAUACGCGUUAUGAAUGAAACUAGGUUCGUCUCAACAACCUGA